AUGAAGGCAGAUCAUCCAGGUGGGAUGUGUAAUCCAGACUGCUGUUUACACAAGACAUGUACUCUUUAUUAUUCGAAUAAUGCAAGCAGUCCUUUACUGGAGAGACAUUCCAUUGGAGAAGCUUGUUUGAGAAUCAGGUCCACCAAUCUUGCCCAUCAACGGCCAGUAAGAAGCUACUACUACGGCGACUGGAGAUCGCUAGAGACUGUCAGCGAUGAUGUCAUUGGAAACAGACCAGAACUAUUCUGUACACUCUCAACUGCAAUGGAUGAUUUAUCUCAUGUUCGGUUACCUGUUAAUGAUUCCAUCAAAGCAGAGCCUACCCCGUCCCCUCUCCUAAGUCCUGACGCAAGUCCAGGACCUCAUUGGUCACCACAGCAAAGUUCUUCACGUAGGGGAAAUCUGCAAUUAUGGCAGUUUCUCGUGUCCUUGUUGGAUGAUCCGACAGCGAAUGGGAAUUUCAUUUCUUGGACAGGAAGAGGAAUGGAAUUCAAAUUGAUUGAACCAGAAGAGGUUGCAAGACGAUGGGGAAUACAAAAGAAUCGACCAGCUAUGAAUUACGACAAACUGAGCAGAUCUCUGAGGUAUUACUAUGAAAAAGGAAUAAUGCAAAAAGUGGCAGGUGAGAGAUAUGUUUAUAGAUUUGUGUCAGAUCCAGAUUCUUUGUUUUCUGUUAAUGUAAAAGACCCUCAGAUGGACAGAAUGGAAAGUAUCAAUGAAUACAGCUCAAGACAUAAAUCUAUACAUAUGAGAAAAAUUUAUUCACCAGAAAUAAAUGCAUUCCAUAAUCAUUCUGAUCAUUGUUCAAGAUUUUCCCAAAAUUCAGACCAUCAUAGCUAUCAACCUCUAACAUGUCUGCAAGAUUUGACAUCAAGACCUACGAGAGACAAUAGAUAUGUUCAUAACGCCAGGGAUAGUUGCGUUUUUUAA